GCAAUAGUGUAGGUCAACUAACGAAUCAGGAGUCAACGUUGGAAAUAUGUCGGAGGUUAGGAAAGUAACACAUAUCUUGCGUAGCAGCUUCAGUCUAUGAACGUGACAAAAUCUAGAAAAUAAACUCGGCUAGUGUGAAAGAAAUGUUUUUAUGUACUGCAAAAAGUCUGUCGUAAGCAGUGAAUUGAGAUGGGAAGAAGAGACACAUAGGACGACUAUGAAAACUGAGGAUAGCUGGUCUCUAGGUCAAGAUUUCUACCCAGGACCUAUUGAAUACAAAAGAGGGACAUUGUCUUCAAGCCCACAGCAUUUGUUGCAGGUGAUUGCAAGGGCAGCUGUGAAACAUCAGUAUGUCCCGAUAUGGACGUGAAUCAGAGAGACAAGCUUUUUCAUACAUGGAUAAUGUUCCUGUCAAGAUCAGUGAACAAUAUAAACCACCAAGGAAGGUUACUUUACCAGUUACCUACCAACAUAGGUUGUCCAGUGAAACUGUCACGGAAGAGUAUGACUUCAAGCUCGAGAAGAGUGUACUGCAGAAGAUGGGGGAAUGGCGAAAAUUACGAAAAGCAGCUGUUGAAAAUAGGAGGGAGAGAAUCAUGACUCAGAAGAGAGCCACAUCAAAAUCUCAUGAAACAAGAGUAGUCACUACAGGCUCCAGCGUGAGUCCAGCGGCUUCUUCCUUUUCCACUGUGGGGUUGUCCGAUGGUUCCUAUGUCAACUCCACAGCAUCAAGUGGUUCAUAUCCUGAGCCCCCACCUUCCUUCACUAACGCAGUGUCCCGUACUACACUAGCUCCUGUUCUUCAGAGUAUUUCAUAUUCUAGCCUCAGUUCUGCAUCGACUCCUCAGUAUUCCAUGUUAACACCUGUUCCCAUUACUCUGGCCUCCAUCGGUACUUGCACUAGCAAAGCUUCAGACAGUUUUAACUUAUCUGAUUUUGAAGCUGACACCUCAAGUCCAUUUGAUAACAUGGAACUUAAGACAAUAAAUGAAAUGGAAGAAUUAGCUCAUGUUCUUCAGCCUUUGUCAAAUUCUCCCUGUCAAAUCAAGCAGAAACCACCUGACUUGGAAGCAGCACUGAACAGCAGUUACUCUUCCCAAGCAUCAGUUUACAGUGUGGAUCAGGUGGCACUCUGCAAUGCAUUUGAUUCAAAUUUAAAGAAAGGGCUAACAACACAUACUCAUAUAAAUGGUUUGACUGGAUAUGGUCUUUAUGGCACCAGUCCUCGGCUAAAACAACACGUUAACAGAAAUGAUGGUUAUGCCACCUUGGUUUCUCAUCCAUGUGAUUAUUCCAUAGCUGAAAUGGCAUUGAAAUCUGAAAAUUCAUAUUGUCAUUAUCCUGGACAGACAUGGGCAGCCAGUAUGAACACUGGUCAUGCAGAUGUCAGCUAUUCUUUGGAUCCAGCGAAACAAACCAACCAUACUGUAACUUCAAAAAAUUCAGCAGUAGUUCUGCAACCAUUUUUGGCUUGCUCAGGGGCAGUUGAGAACAGAGAUGUUGUAGAAAGACGUGGCUAUUCGACCCUCACUUCAACAAUUCAUCAUCCGCCUCUGACUUAUGGUGCGUCCUUUCCGUCCACAAGUAACUCCAAUCAGGAUCAACAUUCCCCGGGGCGAUCCUUGUCCAAGAGUGUCCCAGACAUAGUCCAAGAAUUGGAGAAAGAAUUGAAAAACAAACAUGUAGAAGAAAGUGUUUCACUUGUGGGACGAUCAAGCCACACACCACCUCCGAGACCCAACAGCUUUGGAUCUACAGGAUUGGAGAAUUGGAAGCCAUGGCCUGACUUGGACAGUCCUGAACGGUCACAGGCUGAAACAAAAAAGCUACCAUCCAUUGCAAGUCACUCAGCCAGUAAACCAGAAGUAGAACCGACUCUGCCAAAUCCAUUCCGAGAUCUGAAGCCAGCAGCCCAAAAGCUAGUGAAACACAUCAGUGAGAUGGGAUUUCCUCUGCCUCGUGUAGCACGGGCAUGUCAGUUACUAGGAGAGGAUGACAAGAAAGUAGUUGAGUUUUUGCUGCAAGUUCAGUGCUUGGAAGAGAAGAAUUAUCCAGGUGACCAAGUGGAGAAGGCCCUUAUUGUGAACAAAUACAAUGUCACUCAUGCUGUGAAGUAUCUUGAGGCAAUGGUCCAACUCUUGGACUUAGGUUUCCCAGAACAGCUUGCGUCAGAUGCUCUUCUAAAGUUUGAUAAUGACAGGGACAAAGCUUUGGACCAGCUUAUUUCCUAAUUUUCUAGUCUGGAACUCCUCAGAGGAUUAGUGAUAUUAAUGAUUGUACAGUGAAUAUGCUGCAAACAUGAUUGAAGGAGCUGUAUUUUUUUUUUUGUGUAUCUUUCCAGAUUAAAGACAAAUUUGAAAAGAGGUAAAUAUAGAAGAAGAACGCAUAAAAGAAUUGCAGAUAACCUUUUUUAAUUGUAAUUGUAGAGGAGAGAAGUACAGUAUUUAUAUAGGUCAAGGAUGUUGUUUGAUCUUCUGUAUACAUAUUGUUAAUCUGUAAAAUUCAGGCUACUAUGUAGGUCACGUAUGACACUGAAUCAUAUGUAUACAUAAUGUUUAUAUAUAACAUUUUGGUUCCUUGAAAUUAAAUUCAUAUUGCUUCUGUUUGCUACAUCUCUGAGAUUCCUGGACAGACUUGAAGAUACAGCACUGUGUCAGAGUAUAUCAGAGAUAAAGACAUAUUAAUUUGAGGCAAAUAUAUUAUAAAUAUGAAUAACAUUUUUAUUCAUUGAAUUUAAUUUUAAACAAUCAUGGGUCUUUCCUCUUACCUGCCACCCAGUUAUAGCGGUUUGUACUCCUGUUAGUUAGCCGUCUCGUGUUCAACUUGCUUUUUAAAAACCUUUAAAAGUUUUAAACAUUAAAAUCUCCUCUAUAUCACUGGUGCAUGAACACUACAUGUUUCAACAAAAAUUGGUCAUUUUCAGGUGUCUAAAAUUGUUGAUGGAAAUGCUUUGCUUCUGUCCAUGAGUUCAAGUUUUGGGAUAUGCCCUCGUCUAUGCACCCAUGUGCAUUGUCGUGUCAUUUGAAAAUUUGAUAGCUCAUCCAUGAAGACUGUCGCCACACAAUCCAUGAGCUUGCAGACACACUUGGGACCGGUUAUGGAGUUUUCCGGAAGAUCUUAUCAGAAAAUCUGAACAUGCACCACACUGCUCCUUCAUCAUGACAACACGCCCAUCCACACAUCCCUAUAAACCACUGAGUCUGUGACUAACAACAACAUGGUUAUCGUUCCCCAUCCUCCCUACUUGCCAGACUUAGCCCCCUGUAAUUUAGCUUUG